CGGGAGGGCGGAGGUAUAAGAGCUGCUGCCGCUGUCCGUGGUCCUGAAAACAGGAGGACCGAGAAGCGGAGUCCCGGGAGAGGAGAACCGGAGACCGAGCCUCACUAACAAAACAAAAACAAAAACUUAAAAAAAAAAAAAAAAUAACAAAAGGGAGCGUGUUGAUCUGCUCGUGACAGCGGGACCUCCAGAAGCUGAGAGAGUGACGCGCUGCCCGGGGAGGGGAGGCUGGAAUCCCCCUGCUGCUCCCACUGAGCCACAAGUGUUUCUCAUCUUCAGGCCCCAUUCUGAGCGGCCAUGACUGGGUACCACCAUGCCUCAAGUGCCCUUACCCUGCUGCUGCUCCUCCUGACAGGGGCCUCCCUCCUCCGUCCGUCCACCCCCACCCCUAUGAACACCCCUGAGGAGGGUGAUAACCUGCACAGAGAUUCUCCUCCUGCUCCGACCGUCACAGUAGAGGAGGAGAGAUGGGAAGAGGAGAGACGAUCAGUACAGAGAGAGGAGGCAGAGGAGGAAGAGGAGCUCUUCAAAGAUGUGGAUCCAAAAACCCUCGCAGCGGUUUUGCUUGAGGCGCUCAAUCGCUCGGAUGUGGGGAGGAGGAGGGAGGAAGAGGAGACGAAUUCUGAGACGAAGGAGGAAAACAGAGAGGUGAGAAUGAUGAAGGGAGCGGACAGAGACAGAGACGGACGAAAGGAGUUAGAGAUGCUGAUGGCUGCUCAGGGGAAAGAGCGAAAACGAGAGGAAGAGGAGGAGAGGAGGAAAGCUCAGGAGGAGGACAGGAUGACGGAGAAGGUGACCAGUCGGACCACAAGCCAGACAGUCCAGGUCCAAGCAGAGCCGCAGCCUCCAAGUCCAGACGGAGGAGGGGAGAAUGGGACGCGGGGAGUGAAUACUCCCCCCGACCAAGGCAGCAAUGAGGAGGAGGAGGAACAGCUCAGCCCAGAGGAGCUGAAGAGCCUGGAGACCAUGAUGAAGGAGUUUCCUAGUCUGAACACGGCCACAAAGAGGGAGGGAGACCAGAACCAGAGGGAGAGCCGGGGAUGGAGCAGCUACAACGAGGUCUUACCCGUCAAAGGAAGUGACAUCGCCAUGACGAAGAAGAAGUUGAAGUGGCAGGAGGAGACGCAGAAGGGAGUCGCCUUCCCGGUGUUCAGGGAAGGAAACUUCAUGGACGACUUUGAGGAUCGAGCAGGAAACAACGCAGUUCAGUCGCAGCUUUCAUCAGAGCAGGAGGUGGCUGAGGAGGAGGAGCCAGAGGAGGAGGAGGAGGAAGUGUUGAGUCCUGAGGAAGAGGAGGCUCGCGCCAAAGCGGAGCAGGAGGAGAUGAGGAGGCAGGCGGCAGAGGCACAGCAAGCCAAGAUGGAGGAGGAGAAGCUGGCAGACAUCGCCUCCGACAUGCUGCUGCGCUACAUGGUGAAGCAGAACAAUGGUAACAGGAAGUAUGGCUCGUCUUUGUCCAACGCUGCAGAGGACAAGCGGUCAGACGAGCAGGAGGUGACAGAGGAAGAAGACCUCGACCCCCAGACCAUCGACAAGCUCAUCGAGAUCUCCAGCAAGCUCCACCUUCCUGCUGACGACGUGGUCGACAUCAUCAGCGACGUGGAGAAGAAGAAGAAGAAGGACAUCCCCUCUGAGGUUUCGUCUCAUUGGCAGAGACCUCUUCCGCCGCUCUCUUCUGCUUACUCGUCCACCAAAGCUUUGUCUUCAUCGCCAACCAAUCAGAACAGCUUCCCCGUCUCUAAGCAACCAUCUCCCGCUGUCAAUCUCAUGAAAUCGUGGUUCCAGGAGAAAUCGCCGACAAAAUCACAGGAACUUUGGAGCAAACCUUGGCGAGCCAAUCAGAAUCUUUGGUCCAAACCCAAGAAACCAAUCAAACAGGAAGUCUGGAUCAAACCGCCCAGGCCUGUUCAGACUGGAUACCCCUUUUACCCCUACAGAUACCCCUCCUACUACCAGAGGAAGCCCUAUCCAGACUACUACCCCAUCUACUACCCUCCUCCCCCCAGACCCAAACCCCGAUACUACCUCCCUAAACCCGCCCUCACCCGAGUGAAUCCCAUGGACGACCCCUUUGCUUUCCCACCAAGACGCCGCUAUCACAGCUGGGUCCAACCGCGGCUCAGAAACCCCCCUGCAGGCCUCCAGCAGAAGCCCUACUACCCCAGCUACCCCCGCCCUCUCUACCCCCGGACAUUUCAGCCCGUCAGAGUCCCCGUAAUGCCCCCUCAGCAGAAGCAGUUUUAUUUCUCGGCUCCGGCCGCCGCAGCCUCGAGAAACGAAGAUUAUUACGAGGCAGGAAAACAAGUGGAGAGCCGUGACAACCUGGAGAAAUACAUCCAGCAGAUUCUCCUGAAGAGGCCGCAGAUCUCAGACUGAGAGGGGGAAGGAAGGGACAGCGAAAAAAGAGGAUAAAAAAAGAGGAAAGAGAGUUCGUUAUGAUUCUUAUUUCUGGUUUUGUUUUACGUAUUUAAAAAAUGUCCUUUGUUUAUUUGAUUGGUUGAUUGGACAUGAUGUUAAAGAGGACUGGGAAAGGAAAACGAACGACUCACAUCUACACUCCUCCUGUUCCUCAGGGACGGAGGAGGGAGAACAGGAUGAAUGUUGAAAAAGCACGAUGCGGCUGAGAUUUGCAUCAUGCUCGAACUGUUCAUCCAAACUCCCGACAUGUCAACAUUCUCCAUGUGGACAUUUUUAAAUGCCAACUAAAGGAGGACGCUUGAACAUGCUGUUACCUGUACCUUUAAGUCUGAUGAGUCAGUGAGGGUUGCUGGGAAAUGUUUGAUGGCUGCAAAAAAAAAGAGCAUUUGUGUCAUUAUCUCUGGCAGGGAAAUCUUUCAGAAUCACUACACGGCCAAAAGUAUGUGGACGCUAAACUUUUCCCCUUAAUGUGCUGAUUCAGCUCAAAGAUAGCGGCCAGUGUCUGAUCAUAGGCCGUGCAUAAGAAGGGACGUCAAUGCAGAAGUGCCUUAAACUUGCAUUCUCUCUAAUGUCCAGCAGGGGAUUAGAAAAAGAAGUGAUUGUAUAGAAAGUUCUGUUCUGGUUUAUUCCCUCAGUUAACAUUUUCAUAACGACUUUAUGUUCUCAAUCUAUAGUUUCGAGUUCCCUUCAACACAGCAAGCUGUUCAUUUAGUAUAAUGAUGGAACCAUUUAGAGUCAAAGAGAGCAGGAAGAGGGGAGGAGUUAGGGCGGGGCUACCUGGGAUUGAGAAGAUGAAAAAGGUCACAGAGUUCAUAGCGUCAAUCAACGGGUUCAGGAUUGAAGUGAUCAGACGGGAAGAAAUCUUAAGAGAAAAGGUUAUAGCAGCAAACGUCAACUUCUCGAUGCCUCCAGUGAAACUAAAAGACACUAGGAUGGCAGGAAGUGACCAUAUUUGGAGGAAAAACCCUCGCACCUCUGCAGCUCCACCCUCUUGUCCAAAUAUGGUCACUUCUGGUUCUUUAAAAACAAGAUGGCCGCUGCUGACAGGCCAAACUGGAGGCUUUGAACCAGUAGUCCAAUUGGAAACCAACGGGUGACGUCCAUUUCUUAUAUACAGUCUAUGAUUCUAGCUGUACGCAGGGAAUUUGUUGUUAGGACCAAACUGAAACCUUAAACCUCAGCAGUAUCAGAGAUAUGGAUUCUGGAGCUUUAAGAGAUCUUUGACACAAACAGUUUUACUUGGAGUCCACAUACUUUAGACCGGUCACAUGACUCUCGUCUGAUGUCGUUGACAUGAAACCAACAUUAAUCAUAAAGUGGGAUUGGCCUCAUAAUGCUGAAGCCAUGAACAGUUUCAUCUGUUAAAUAAUACAUUUGAAUGCAAAUGUAUUAUUGAGUUUUCUUUGUGUGAAGAAGCAGAACGAGAUGUUUUCAUAAAGUAAACCCGCUCUCCCUGUAAAGCUCUUUACAGUAAACAGCAGCUCUCCUGAGCCGCUGUGGAGCCUCGCUCGCUCUCUGCUAUAAUGGCUCCAUGAGUCAUCCUUUUGCAUAACUUCAAUUACCUUGUUGCUAUGGUGCCGAACCCCGGCCAAAGUCUAUACGGCAUUCUUUUAGAGCUGACGCCUUGGCAGCGAUGAAGCUGUGCAGGCAAACAUACGUGCAGAUUGUACUUUGAAAGGACGAGGCUGCAGCUCUGAGAUCACUGAUUCAUCCCUCUGAAACAUGUCUGAUGCUCUCAGCUCAAAGCUCACAGAGUACACAUGAAGAUUCUUUUACUUAAAACUGAAUCCUGAAUACAGCUCGCCGGCUCGUCUUCGCCUCCUCCUGGUUCAGUCCGUCUUUUACACGUCCUUAUCAACAUGUUUACAGUUAGAUAAGGUCGUCAGAAUCUUCCCUUUAUCUGAUACUUCAGACAAGUUGUAAAGCCACGUCAUGGAGGGAUUCAAUCUAAACGUCUCUGAGUGUAACCAACAUUUGGGAAACAGCACAUUGCCAACAUAUUGGUGUAAUCAGGACUGUGUGCAGGUGAUUGUUUACAGUUAUUCAUCGGUCACUAAAACAAGAAAGUUCCCAUUUUUGAUUUGACUAGAAUCUAGAGCUCGACAGAGAUUAGAUUUUUGGGGCCGAUACCGAUAUGAUAUGUAUCGACCGAUGUCUUUCUUAGAUCCCUCUUCGAUCUGUAGAGAUAAAUAAAAUACAGUAGAGGGACUAUUUUCAGCGGCGGAUUAAUCUACACGUUUGGGCCGCGUUGUAUUGAUAUGCAAAUGAGUCCUUCCGAAAGCAGCGUGCAGUCUGUGAUCAACACCUUGGACUUGUUUCACAGCUCAGUGAACACGAGACCUUGUUAGAUCACGUUUUAGGUGAACGUUUGAAUUCUUCAUCAGAAAAAUUACUGUUUUGUUUUUGACCACGAUGCGGCUCUCACUGAGGAGUAAGAUGUUAGAGGCUCUGCAGACUUAACGUGAGUGUGAUCUAUUCAAAGUCUGUUUGUCUCUGCACAGCUGGGACACAAAACAUCUGCAGCCUUGUCCUUUAGAACGCCGUCAUGGUUUCAUCAAAGUGCCGCUGAAACGUUUCCGUUUAGCUCAACGAGACGAUCAGUGUUUUUUAUAAUUUUUCAUCUUCAGCUCAGACUCUGUAACGUCUGUCCUUUGAAUGUGUCUCAGCCGUGUGUCUUACAUUUUAAACAAGUCAAGCUGAGCAGAAAUCUGCAGCCUUACAUCACGUCACUGUGACGUCACGUCCAUGAGAUCACUGAGGUCAAAGGUCACGUCUGAAACACAGUAAAGAACAACACAUGGCCAGGGGUUUUUGUUUUCACUGCUGGGAUCAGAUGAUUCAUACAUGAUUGUAAAAAUGUUUUUAAACCUGCAAAAAAAGAAAACAUUGUUCUGCUGAGAUUGACUUUGUUUACGGACCUGUGUCCUGAGAAUCCGUGCUCGCUCGACGUCACUGAGACGAACGCAGCUCUUUGAUUCUGUGUUUCUGACCUUCGUGUCUCUCUGGAGUGAAAGCUUAAAGACAUUUGACAAUCUCAUUAUUAGAAAAUGUCAAAAUGAAGCCGUAAGGUAUAAAAAAACAGAGUGGAGGAUUUUUUGUACUUUGAAUAAUUUGUUGUUUUUUAAUGCGCUAGAAAAGAGAGCGAGGAGGGGGCGGAGCUAAGAGGACGUGUCUGCACGUUUACGUAUUCUUGCAUCUAAAACUUCGUAUCGAGCAUCAAUGAAAAAAGUAUAAAAAAACAACCUCAAAGAUGAAGAAACAAAGACGUUGGUGUACCUUUAAGUCAUUGUUGGAGUCGUGUGUGUGUGUGCGGGGAGUCGUGUGUCUGUAGAUGUACUCUGUUGUAACCAUGGUAAUGAACAUGCGUUAGCUGGAUGUAAAUACGCGCAUGUCAAUCACUACUUUUGCUACGUGGAAAGAAACGAAUAAAGUCGACUAUUUUUAUUACCAAA